GUCAGUUAUGACAGAUGACUAUACAAUGACUUUUAUGUGUACACCCACUUAUGAACCUCUGUCCCAAACACACCUGGGCAACAUACGGAUACAGCAGGACUACUGGUACAGAUCAGCACUGCCUCUGAUUGCUUCGCAGGGCACUUUGAGCUGUCAGUCAUGGCGUCAGUCCUAUCAGAAGAGCAGUUCACAUGCUGCAUCUGCUUGGACCUUUUCCGCCAGCCUGUGUCCAUCCCGUGCGGCCACAACUUCUGCCUCCUCUGCAUCCAGGGAUUCUGGGACACAGCAAAGCGCAGUGAAUGUCCGCUCUGCAAGGAGACUUUUCACCGGCGACCAGAACUUAGGAUCAACCACGCUCUCACUGACAUCACUGAGGGCUUCAAGAGGUCACUCAAGGUCAAAUCAGGUCAGGCCAGAGGUCAGGAGCCAAGCCAGGGUGACAGGGGAAGGCAGGAGAGGCCGCUGCCAAGGAGACGGAACGUUUGCGGAAGGCAUCGGCAGCCACUGGACGUUUACUGCAAGACGGAGCAGAUAAUCGUGUGUUCGGAAUGUGUAGAGGGUCAGCACAAAGGACACCAGACAGUGCUCAUGGAGAGAGAGAGCAACAGGAUGAGGACGGAGCUACGUGACGUGGAAUCGAAGCUGCAGCGUAUGGUCCUGGACCGUCUGGAGAAGGUGGAUGAGAUCAAACAUUCAGCACAGCAAAGCAAAAGAAGCAUGGGGAAGGAGAUUGAAGAGAGCAUGCAGAUCUUCGCUGACCUGCUGCGCUCCAUCGAGAAAAGCCAGGCCGAGUUGGUGGAGGAGCUGAAGGAGAAACAGAAGGAGGUGGAGAGGAGGGCAGCCUCAUUCUCUGAGGAGCUGGAGAAAGAGAUUGCUGAAAUUGUGAUGAAAAAGUCAGAAGUGGAGCAGCUUGCAAACACCCAGGAUCAGCUUCACCUUCUACAGAAUUUCCAUUCUGUGGUAACUCUCCCACGUGCCAAAGACUGGUCUCAAACAUGCAUCAGUGCCAAUCAACGUGUUGGGACAGUGAGAAGAGCUAUGGCCACACUGGAAGAGAUACUUCGCAACCAUGAGAGGAAACUGUGUGAGGCUGAGUUGCAUCAGACCCAGCAAUAUGCAGUGGACAUAAGCUUUGACCCACAGACUGCUGCCCCCUGGCUUGUCUUCUCCCCUGACCUUAAGCAGGCCAGUCUGGGCUACCAACCCCCAGCCACUCCUUCCUCAUCCAGCCCCCUGCGGUUUGACUCCUGCGUGUGUGUGCUAGGCCAGCCGGGCAUCUCCAGCGGGAGGCACUACUGGGUGGUCCAGGUUGGUGACAAGACAGACUGGGAGCUGGGAGUGGCCCGAGAGUCCAUCAACAGAAAGGGGGCCAUAUCGGUUCGGCCAGAUCAGGGUUUCUGGGCAGUGUGCCGUCGGAAGGGGGGUAAUCUUAUUGCCUGUACUGGACCCGCCACCCCCCUUGUCUCUUGCCAUGAAAGGCCACAAAAGGUUGGAGUGUUUGUAGACUAUGAGGGAGGCCAUGUCUCGUUCUAUGAUGUGGCGGCCCGGAGACAUAUUUAUUCCUACACUGGGUGCUCCUUUGCUGAAACGUUGUACCCCUACUUCAACCCUUGUCUUCACGAUGAUGGGAAGAACACUGCUCCAUUGAUCAUCUGUCCGGUAGGGGGAGGAGAGGUCGCAAUCUCAGGCCUGAACCGUAAAACAGAAAGGCUGCCUCCACUGAUAAGACGUCAGUCGUCCCAGGGUUUCAUUUCACAGCAAACGCAGUUCUAGGUGUGGCCAAGAAUGUUAAUAAAGGUGCCAAAAAGGGUUAUUUGGUGUGAUGGCAAAGAACACAGUUUCCCAGCCUUUUGUGCCAGAUAAACUCCUUCAAUCUAGAUUUGCCUUAAAGGUGCACUAUGUAAGAUUUGGGUAUUUGGAGACCUCUCUGGUGGAAAUUGCACUUGUAAGAAUUUUUCCUUGUGCUUCGGACCCCUUCCCAAAUGGUUUAAUCUGAUGAUUGUGAGUAUGUUGAAAGAGGUAUUCAAAGAAACCUCAGUCAAAACUUUCAUAAAACGUUCAUAAUAUUCUUAUCAGUAUAAUAUUGAUUUUGCACUUAAGACCUAAACUAUGAGCUGGACUGUCUUUUUGAGCCUAUGUUUGAAGUUAUUAGAUAAAGAUCCGAAAAACUCCCAUAAAAUCUGACUCGACACAUCUGAUCCUGAUUGAUUAUUUCAGGCUUGCAGGCUAUUUCUUUCAUGACAGAGUUCUUCAGAUUGAUGGAAAAUGUGCAUGAAUGUGCUAUAGACGGUUCUAUAUAGAACCAUUUUCAAAAAGGUUCUAUAUAGAACCAUGUACAGCACAUUCUCUAUCUGUCUGAAGAACCCUUUAAUCAUGUAAAGGGUUCUUUAAGUGUUCAUGGUUCUAUAUAGAACCAUUUUCUUUACUAAAGAACCCUUGAAGCACUAUCUCUUUUUAAGAGUGUACUUUUGUCACUGUAGAUGGUCAGAAAUCAGCUGGACACCCAUCACUUUGUGGUCAGUGACACUGCCCUCAAUCCAAGUGUAGUUCAUCCAGUGCCUUUAAUGUGCAUUCUUUUUUUAUGUUAAGUGUUUUAUUGCCUUUUAAGUUCCCACAGCACUAAAAAAUGAAACUACGUUGCAAACCAUACUGUUGUAUUUCUCAGUCUCUGUGUUGUUGUUUUGUA